AUGGCUUCAUCUUCUUCCUCUACUCCAUCUUCUCAGUCUCCCAAGAAAUAUGAUGUUUUUAUUAGCUUUAGAGGUGAGGACACCCGCUUGAAUUUCACAAGCCAUCUUUAUUAUGCUCUUUGUGGAAAACAAAUAUAUACAUACAUCGAUGACAGACUCGAGAAAGGAGACCAGGUAUGGCCAUCUCUUGAAAAAGCCAUUGAAGAUUCAACUAUGUUCCUUGUGGUGUUCUCAGAAAACUAUGCACCUUCCACGUGGUGCUUGAAGGAACUUACAAAAAUAUUACAGUGCUCCAAAAAUGAUCAAGUUCACCUUGUUAUACCUGUGUUCUAUAGAGUAGAUCCUUCAGACGUGAGGAAGCAAUCUGGGAGUUACCAGAAAGCAUUUGAAAAACAUGAGCACAAAGGCAUCAACACGCAACAACUACACAAGUGGAGGAAGGCUCUCACUCAUGCUGCCGAUUUAUCCGGUUGGCAUUGUACCUUCGACAGGAAUGAAGCAGAGCUUAUUACAAACAUAGUGAAAUUGUUAAGCAGAAAUUGGACUAUAGGUAUCAAAGUAAAGAUAAUCUCAAAGGCUUGA